CAGUGUGUGGGAAGACCAGAUUCAGCGGGAAUUCCUCCGGGAGGCCCAUCGGGAAGAUCUUUGGAGGCCAGAGGGCGGAGCCUGAGCGGUGGCCAUGGCAGGCCAGUCUCCUCUACCUAGGCAGGCACAUCUGGGAGCUGCCCUCAUCGACAGCAACUGGGUGGCCUCUGCUGCUCACUGCUUCCAAAGGUCCACUAACCCGAUUACCGGAUCCUGCUUGGAUACGACCAGCUAAGCCAUCCCACGGAGCAUAGCCAGCAGAUGACAGUGAAUAAGAUCAUGGUGCACGCUGACUAUAACAAGUUGCACCACAUGGGGAGUGACAUCACUCUGCUGCAGCUGCACCGUCAUGUGGAAUUCAGCUCCCACAUCCUCCUUGCCUGCCUUCUGGAACCAACCACGUGGUUGGCCCCUGACAGCUCCUGCUGGAUAUCUGGUUGGGGAAUGGUCACCGAGGAUGGAGGCAGAGGUCGGUGCCAUGGACAACAGUGUCUGCGGAUCCUUUUUCCAGCCCCAGUACCCCGGCCAGCCAAGCAGCAGUGACUACACCAUCCACGAGGACAUGCUGUGCGCUGGGGACCUCAUAACAGGAAAGGCCAUUUGCCGAGGAGACUCCGGGGGUCCCCUUGUCUGCCCGUUAAAUGGCACCUGGUUCCUGAUGGGGCUGUCUAGCUGGAGCCUCGACUGCUGCUCACCCAUUGGUCCCAGCGUCUUCACCCGGCUCACCGACUUCACCAACUGGAUUAACCAGAAGAAGACGGAGGGCCCCCCUCCGGAGCCCGCCUUGGCUCCUCCUCAGGAAACGCCCCCAGCCCUGGACAGCAUGACCUCUCAGGGCACCGUCCACAAGCCUGGGCUCUGCGCAGCCCUUCUGGCUGCUCACACCUUCCUCCUGCUGCUGAUUCUCCUGGGGAGCCUGUGAAGGGCCAGGGCCCCUGGCCUCUUACCACAAGCGUGCCCACCUCAGGCCGGCCUCCUUGCUGAGCUCUGCAGGCUCCUGACGUGUUUCCAUCUCUGAGUUCUCCUGUCCACCCAAGGCCACCCCUGCCUCAGGCCUGACAAACUAAAAACCACCCAAGAAGCUUCUUGCUCUGGUUUCUGGCCCACCAGAGCCAUCUCCCAUGCUCCAUUGUGUCUCCAACUCCUCAGGGAGGGAAGGUCUCCCUCCUCCCUGGGCGGGGUCCAGGCUGACCAUAUGGGAGCCAAGUCACUCUCCUUGGGAAGUUGGGUCGCGUAGACUCAGGCCCCAUUCCUGUCCUCCAGGGCAUGCAGUCUUCCAGAAAAAUGGGGCCAGGGCCUCCCCACAUGGAAGAAGCUGCCUGUCCUCCUGGAGCCAGGUGCUGUGCAGCGGUCAGGGAUGAAGCGGCAUCUUCCAGGUGCACAGGUCACAGAGGCUCUUCUCGACAGCUUGCAAGUAAACUGUGAAGGGGGCUGAGGUCUUGGGUCAGCAGUACCAGAGCUGUGUCCCAGGGGUCAGCUCUCAGCUGACUGCCCCCUGUACCCGCAGCCCUGCCCUCUCCCUGCCUCCAGAAACCCAGCCCCCAUCCCUGUGGCUUGCUCCAGCUUGUAGGGGUUGUGGCUUAGCUGACCCAGGACUUGCUGGUCCAGCACUGAGCCCAUAAACCACACUCUGAGUUGCCCCUGCAAACCUGUCUGAGUAAGGUUUGUAUCCUAAUGAGUCAGCAGGACUCUCGAAGGGCCUCACACCACAGCUCUCCCGCAACCCCCAACCUGAACUCACAAUAAAAAGAGGGCAACCCCCUGUCACUGCAGGUGCACUGUGCCCCAAGUGCCA